UCCAGUUUAUCGAAUAAUAAAAUUAUUUGUUGUUCAAAAUCAACAUUACUCUUUUAAUUUGGAUGGUGAUUAUCAUAUGUGGCCUUUAACUUCACAAAAUGACAGUUUAUUAGAAAUUCGCCAAUCUAUCAGAGCACCCUUUAUACUGCGCAUGAUGCAAAACGUCUUCACCAAAAAAAUAUUUUGGAAUGGCAUUCGCUUAUAUGUAAAUAGCACCCAAUUAUAUCAUCGAAGUUUUGAGAAUUUUAUGAAAGCAGUUGUUCCUGAAUCAAGAAAAUCAGAAAUGGCUCUACAAACAAUGGAAUAUUGGGCUUCGGAAGAGCAUUGUCCUCUCGUAAAAAUAAUACGAUAUUAUGAUAAUCCUACGGCUAAAAUAGUUAUUUCAGUGCCAAAUUUCGAUAUAUUAAAAACUUAUUGCUUACCUAUAACUUUUACUACGCAGACGUACCGCAAUUUUAACAAUUUCUCUUAUAUUUCGCUAAUAACGAGAAAUUUUGUAUUAACAUUACCAUUUAAGGAGGAUGGUUGGAUAAUAUUCAAUAUACAACAAACUGGUCAUCUCCAUUCCUCUAUAUUCUGGAAUAUCAUACCGUAUUUACAACAAGAAGAAGAUUAUAUAGCAUGGUAUCCUAUGUUUAAAGCUCUGGAAUACAUGUUUAGUACUUUCCUGUAG